GGAAAUAUAUUUUAUAAAAACCUUCUCACUGCUGCAGCCGCCAACAAUGUCCUUGAGUUUCUGCCCAAAAUCAGGUCAGAAAUUCCCGUUGUCUUGGAUUUCAAAAAUAAAAAAUGUUUGAUUGGAAGGAAUUCCUUAUGAUCCUACCUGUAGUACUGUUCUUAGCUUGGUGUAUAUACUAUUUGUCCUGCAAUGAAAGCAGAUAUUAUUGUAGUUUCUCAAGCGUGAUUGCGAAUAUUAAUCAUUUGAUUGAGAAAAUCUGGUCUGAGCUCAAGAGGAACAUGGUUGAGAACCUGGGAGUUGUAUUUAAGCUAGCAUUAGCAGCUUUAGGUGUCUGUGCUCUAGGUGAUGCAAAUACAUGGAAUGUUUGGUGGAUUGCAGGCUUUGCAGUCUUUAUUACUCUCUGUUACUGCUUUAGGGUCUGUGUGGAAAUGAAGAGAGCUCAACUUACUCGAACAUGUCACUAUGUCAAUAGGAGGAACAAUAAGAAAGUUUGGUUUUUCACUAUAACUCAUGCUUUUGAAUUUCUACUUCCUCUGUUAUGUCUUUUCCUGGCUUAUACGUAUUUCAUGGAGCUUCAUUUUCAAAAGCAUCACAUUGAAAGUGAUUGGAAAAUUGUUGCAACUGCUAUAAAAGUAGCCAUUGUGUUUGUAAGCAGCGUAAUAGUAAUCUUGAGUGCUUGUUGUAAAAGACAUUAUGUGACGCCUGAUGACCAGAACCAGCUACUUCCAAUUUCAACUGACCCCACCUUUCCACGCAAUUGGAAUGAAGUAUUUGUGGCCCUACCUGCGCACGUGGACAAUCCAACUGUUCCAGAUGCAAAUGUAGCAGAAAUGGUGCCUAGGGAAUCAGAGGAUCAAGUUGUUGCAGAUGCUCGACAGACGUAUGUGAAAAAUCAGCCUGUUGCAGCAGAUCCACCAGAAGUGAUUUAGAGGGAUGAUGCGGAGAGUCAAUCAUAUUCAGAUGCUAAUGUACAACUGGUAUAGGAUGCUGAAAUUUGAUGUGUUGCGCUGAUGCGUGCUAAUGCCAUUGCUGGUGCUGAUUUUCUCAAUAUUUGGUUCCAACAGCCUCCCUUUCCUCUUGUUAACAGGAUGAGAUACAUAUCUGUAAGUAAUUGCUGGCAUAAACAUGUUUUUUGUACUCUAUUUAAAACAAGUGUAGGAUCCAUCCCGGCUUUAGGAUGGUUAUCUUGUUGUAGUUACGUGUUUCAUCUUCUUCAAUGAAGAUGUUGAAGAUAUCAAUUCCAGGGCAAGACUACCUGUUGUAUACAAAAUAUAGAUUGUUUUGAUAUGAAAACCUGUAAUUUAUAUGCUGGCCUUUUCAUCUAA